UAUUUGCUAAAAGCAAAACUACUAUGUAGAGCCCUUCGUUGUAUUUUGCAGAUGCCGAUUGCAUGGCUGUCAGAGUCAUCAUAGAUAAGUGGCUGGCAGCAGGUUUCAUUUGUAGGGCGAUGACGUCAACAUGACUUUGAAUACAACCUACAACCAGACAAGCGAAGAACGACUGACUCCUUUUUCUCUCGGAUCAUUAAUCUUUGAAUCUUCGUCGAAUUCAUACUCUGUGAAUUAUCAAAAGCCUCAAUUUUCGAUUUGACCGAGAAUUUCGCUCCACCACCACACAGCAAGACAGAUCAUUGUUUUAAAGAAACAUCACGAUGCUCAGCAGAAUCACUUCAAUUAGCCAGCACGGCCUGGCUGCCACCAGAAGCCUCCGACAAUUCCACCCCCCAAUUGCCUCGUCCGCUCAACAGACACGGGCUUUCCACGGCGCCCCUUCAUUGCGCACGAGUGAUAGCAACAAGGAGCAAGACCGAACGACGUUGAACCCCGAAAGAUCGGAAGUUACGAAAUCCGGCACCGAUAGCGAAGUAGCCCAACAUCCAGCAGCCUACGAUCCCUCCAAGACAUCGCCUGAGAGUGAAAUACAAGCUACGGAGGAGGAAUCUAGACAGGAGGGGAAAGUCAGUAAUCCUCUGGAUAUGAGCCCUGCGAACAAGGAUGUGAGUGAUUGGGCACAAGAGGAAGGAGAUAGCAGUCAUCAGAAAACGACGGCGAGCUCGAGAGGACAAACGCAUAAGCACAAGACGGUGAACCCUGGUCUUAGAAAAAAAUGAGUUGUUUUUAGGUUGAACUUGUUGUAUAGGUAUAGGGAUUCGGUGUUGUACAUAAAAACCAUGCGUCGAAUAGUUAUUUAUUAUCUAUGAAAGCACGGGAAUUGAAACCA